AUGUAUGGUUACCGACGCCCAAGAAGCCCCAGCGAGUCCUGGACAGGAACCGAGGACGACGAUGCAGGAGAGAGCAGCUUGACUCCUGGACAACUGAAUCCACCCAAACGUCAGCACCUGGAGCACCUGGAGUGUCCCAGGACAGGUGCAGAAACACCUCCAGUUGAAGGAGCUCCUCACUUGGACUCAUGCCAGCCCCUGGAACCACCCCAGGAGCAAUGUGAGUCCAGCACAGAGGUGCUCAUGGUGGUCCUGGAACCAGGGACAGGGCUGCACCUGAGCCUGGGAGAAGAAGUCAUCAUCGUGGCCCCACAGACAGCCCUGCAGAUGACCCUUGGCAAUGUGAUCCUGGUGGUGGUCCCUGAGCAUGUCCUCAGGUCAGUGGAAGGUCUGCAGUUACCCGUGGAGACCCACUGCAUCUUGCCCUGUGCUGCUGAUGUCACCUGGGAGUUCCACGUUCAAAGUGGAGACCCUCUGGCCAUGGGAGCAGAGGAGAUGGUUGUCCUGCAGGUAGAAGAGGAGGCUGCUCCCCCCAACCUCCAGCCCUUGGUGAGGCCCCCAGGAAACCAGGUUGCUGGGAUCAGCCCUUCUCUCCUGAUGACUCCGUUCUAUGUUCCUUGCUUCCUGAUGGCUGCCCCCUGGCGCUUCCCCCUGCCACCCACUCCCAGUCCCACGAGACUCCCUCGGCCAACCGACUGCAGCUUCAACCUCUGUGGUCUGGAGCCUGUGCCCAGCUCUGCCCUCCGACCUCUGCCCCCUUCGCCAAGCCCAGGGCCCCCGAUGUGCCGCAAGGUUCACUUUAGACCUCCCAGCAGAGCACGGCGAUGUCUGUUCCCAAAGUGA